AUGGCUCGUGGGGAUGUUCGAUGGACAGAUGCCCUCCCUUUUGUCUUGCUCGGCAUAAGAACAGCUCUCAAAGCUGACAUCGGCUGCAGUGCUUCGGAGCUCGUUUACGGCACCCCGCUGCGUCUCCCUGGCGAGUUUAUAACACCUGUCCCUGCAGCAAAGAUUCCGGAUCCCGCUAACUAUGCCCACCAACUUCAACAGUUUAUGGCCACACUACGCGCCGUCCAACCAAGAGCACUGGACAACGACGCAUCGUUCGUGAGCCCGGAAAUGGAAUCUUGCUCGCACGUGUUUCUUCGCCACGAUGCAGUCAGGAAGUCACUGCAGCCCCCCUACGACGGCCCAUACCGCGUUCUCAAGCGCAGCCGGAAGCAUUUUACUAUACUUAUCAACGGACGCACCGAAGUCGUCAGUGUUGACAGACUAAAGCCAGCAAUAAUUGGCAACGGGAGCAGCGACAGAACGGGAACCCUGCCUCAACAAAAGACACCCACACGUCUUGAAAACCCCUCCGGCAAGCCACCUGCAGCGCAGAGGACACAUGCAGAAGAGCCUUAUAUCACCCGCUCCGGCAGACGGGUACGGUGGCCACAGCGACUUGUGCUCGGACACUGA